AUGUGCAGAUUAGAAGCCGUACAACCUUCCGAAACACGCAGAUGGCCACGAGACCCUUUCAACAGUCUCCAAGUUACUCCUAAAUCAAAAACCUUGAAAAUAUACUCCAAAUUCCUUCUGAAAGUAAUCGCAGGUGUAACUCUACUAUCAUUUAUGAUCUUCCUCGUCAAUAUAAGACUAGAUAGUGGUAAUCAGUUAGAUAUUUCACCCAAAAAUAAGAGUAUCGAUUACGAUAAUUAUGCAAACAUUAGAAAUCCAGCUUUGGUAUGGUAUACUAGUGAAGUAUGGUGGAUACCAUUCAAUAGAAAGCUGGUAUGCUCAAAAAAUUCGAAGUCUGUCGAAUGCGAGGUUUUCCGCCAAGAAUCCGAGCCGGAUGAAGUCGAUGCCUACCUAUUUUAUUCGGGUUAUAUUGGGAGGUUUCCUUUACCGAGAAGACCAGAAACCAUCUGGGCGUUAGUUCAUGAUGAGACACCUUUGAAUAGACUGCCAUUCAUGUAUGAAGCUGGACUGAACCUUUUCAACUUCUCGGCAACUUUUAGCAGGUUUAGCGACGUACCGAUGCCCUUGAUAUGGUCGACUGGUCUUUACGACAUAACCAGUCCAACGUUCUUUUUAAAAACAUCAGUAAAGAACUCUUUGCUCGGGGGAAUUGCCCCAGUUAUAUUCAUGCAGUCUAACUGCGACACGUCGACAGAAAGGGAUGCUUAUGUGAGGGAACUUGGAAAGCACAUCAGGAUUGACUCCUACGGGAUGUGUCUGAGAAAUAAGGAGCUACUUUUGCCAAAAAUGUAUCAAUACGAUGAAUCUGUGGUUUACAUGACUCAUCUUUACGGUGAAGAGAUUUUAAAGUUCCUAGCGAAGUACAAGUUUAUAAUCGCAAUCGAAAAUGCUGUCUGCAAUGAUUAUUUGACGGAGAAAUUCUGGAGAUCCAUCACAGUGGGAACUGUGCCGAUAUACUUCGGCUCGCCGCUGAUCAGGGACUGGCUGCCGAACAACAAAUCAGCCAUACUGCUGGAGGACUUCCCCACGCCGGAGCUGCUCAGCCAACACCUGCACUACCUCCUGAACAACGACACGGCGUACGAAGAAUACCUCGAGCAUAAGACUCUAGGAAUCAUUACAAAUCAGAAAUUAAUCGACAAACUUUUCGAAACUCCUACUGAACUUUCAGACGUGGUCCAACGCCUAGAAUGUCUUGUUUGCGAAAAACUUCAUACCAAGAGUAAAGCGGUAAAUAUGGUGACGAAAAAGCACUACGAUUGCCCAUUGCCGGUUUCGGCUUUAAGUUUAUCGGUGAAUCCGAAGAAUAAGUGGCUUAAGCUCAUAGACGAGGCUAAAGAGAAGGUGGACGGGUUAUAUGAAGAGAUCAGGCAGUUAAAUAGGACACGAAGAAAGUCAAAAAUUACGUGGGGAUGGUGA